AUGGUUUUUAGACUUGUCAAAUCAAAAUAUGACUCCUUUAUGGAUUAUCUUGAUGAAUUACAUUUCAAAAUCAUUUACUUUUUUGAUGAAGAUAUUUACAACUACAUUUCUGAAACAAAAUUAUACAUUCUAUUUAUUCUUGUACCAAAUAUUCUACUAAUUAUUUGCACUCUCGGAUUUAUUCCAUCAUCUUUGGCCCAUUACAUUUACCUCCUUCUAUGUAUAUACAGUAUUUAUAAUACAGCUACUUUCUUUAGUAGAAGUAGAUUUUAUCAAAUAUAUGAUGACUCACCAGAAUUGGAUGAAAUAUAUGAAGGAUCUUAUGAUGAUUCGAAUGAAAAAUAUUUCCAAGGAAACUUUUUCAGUGGAAGACCACGUGCAAGAACACCCAAUCUAACAAGAUCCAUUCAUCCUAGAUUUACUGAAAAGUAUCAUGAAGAACAUCGUAAACAUGGCGUUUUUAUGAGAUUUGUUUUAUUAAUUGUGAAUAUUAUUGAGGGUGUCUUUCACUUUUUUACUUUUGGAUUUUUGAGAAAUGAUAACUUGCGAUUAAGAGGAAAACGAAGAGUUUCAAGAAAAGUUAAUGACAAGAAACCAAAAAGAAAAACAUUUUCUGAAAGAAAAGAAGAAGAAGAAAAGAAUAAUCGACCAGCUAAUAUGACAACCUAUUACGAUGAUGUUACGGAAUCAAACAUGAAUCGAAGAUCUUCUUCUCUGAAUGGAAAAAAGUAUAUUUAUGAAGUUGAAAUGUGGGAUUAUUCUCAAUAUGACAGAGCAUUGAUCACUUAUUUUUCACCCAUUCAAGUGUUUGCCAUGUAUUUCAUUUACUACUUGUACUCUCAUCACGCUUAUUCUCUUUCAGUGUUGUACACAAAGAUCAUGAUGACUAUUUUCAUUUAUUUACAAUCUGUAUUUAUUGAUAGAAUUAUGAUUGCUUUUGAAAGAAGAGAAUCUGAUAAGCAAAUUAUUUAUAGUCAAACCUAUAGAGAAGAAGUUGAUUUUAACAACAAGUUGAAUGCGAAAAGAAGAGAGGCCAUUAGAAAUUAUAAUGAGCAACUUUUACAUAGUGGUAUUACACUUCCAACUCUUGAACCUGUGCAUUUUGCAAAUGCUGCCUAUUCAGGACUUGGCUAUAGUGAGGAGGAGGAGGUUGAUGACAUUCAUAUGAACAAUCCAUUAGUAACAUCAUCAUCACCCCCAAGAAAUUCAUACACAUCACAUGAACACAAUAUGAGAACAAGUCACCAUCAGGAUUUUUUAGAACCAAAGGAACAACAAAAUACUCUCAACUUGGUGACCAAGAGGUCAAACAGAAAGAUGAAUCGACAAUCCGAAGAAAUUGAAGUAAUAGAACAACAACCUCCUCAAGCAUCCAUUUCUCAACCACCGCCCAUCACUUCUUCAAGAACUAUGGAAGAACCUCAGAAAAGUGGAUGGUUAUCAGGCUUAUGGAAUUCCAUUUUCCCAUCCCGCAAACAGAAGCAAGAAGCACAAGAACAACAAAGUGUAUCACGAAGUAUUCAAAGAACUCAAACACAACCAAAAGAUGAAGAAGAGGAUGAACGAAGAGAUGCCAAGCGAAAACAACCAAGUGCCAAACAACCUUCAGAGAGUGAAAGAGCAGAAGAAAAAAAGCGAAAAGAAAGUGUCAGCAACCCAUUCCAGCAGCACCGAAAGAAACCAAAACAAUAA